AUGUCUCAACCCAUGGCAAAUCCUGAAUGGCCGCCGAGAUCUCCUCACGAGGUCCUCCUCAGCACGCCCGGAGGUCGCGAUCGAUUGCGACGUCUGGCAGAACGCGGCUCUCCAACGCCUUCACCAAUAAAGCGCUCGGCAUCCAUGCGAAACAGGGCCAAAGAGCUCAUGAAGUCAGACAUGGACAACGAGGAUGAUGACGAGGACGAAGAAACCCUACAGCUUCAAUUGCAGGAGAUACAGGCGCGCUUGAAGCUCAAAAAGCUACAGAAGAAGACCAAGCAUGCAUCGGAAUCAGAGAACGAAACGGCAAGGUCCGACUCAGCACAACUGAAGAGGGCGAACUCAGUGGCAGCAAGUCGGGCACAGUCAAGGAUAGCAGGCUUGCGCGAGGAACGGCUGGAAAAGGCGAGGGCUCAACCCGAAGUACAUGUUCCAGUAUCUCCCAUCCGAAAAGUACAGCCUCCGACGAUACAACGGUCACCAGGCAGGGUUUUGCUGGGGAUAGAUAAAGGGCUACGAGGGAGUGACAUAUCGCUAAAGCGUGCGCCAAGUCUGAAGAAGAGAGAUGAGAUAUCGACCGAGAGACUGGCAGGGCCAUUUUUACAAAGAACUGGCUCUCAGGCCAGCAGUCGUGCUCAUGGAACUGCUACCCCGUCAGCCAACCUUUCGAAUGAGGAUCGGCCCAUGACAUUCAGUGAGAGGAUGGCAGCUGUCAGGUCUGAAGAUCUCGAACGGCAGGAGAGGCAGGAAAGAAUCAGGAAGAAUCGGAGCGCAGGAUUUGAUAUUGAUCACCAAAAGAUGCAAAGGUUCAAAGAGAACGCUGUUGAACUACCAGAUAAUUCUCGGGUAGCACCAGAAUUUACCAGGGAUGAAGUUUUAGGCACCAAACCAGGAAUGACACCUAGUAGAAGCGCUCCAAAUCUCCGGCCCGCGAUCAGAAGUACAAGUUCAGAUGCUACAAUUUCUCUCCAAAGCAGAUCAGAUUCAAGGGCCUCAGCGUCUUCCUCAAAACCGCCCCCGAGGAGAGGACCGGAUAUGGCGAAGAAUCCGCAAGAAGUCACAGAAUCCGAAGCAGAUGCUUCCCAAUUUGAGCCAUAUUCAGCCCAACAUCUCUCAAAGCGCAUUAUCCCUCAUCCCGAACUCACGCGAAUGCUUACGGGAAAGAAAACAUUUCUCAUUCCGGACCUUUUGAAGACAGUGAAAGGUCCAGAUUUUUCCGGGCCAGACAUAGAAGAGGACAUCGUCGUUUUUGGAAUAAUAUCCAAGAAAACAGAGCCAAAAGCACAUCAACCGAAUGCCAAUGCCAAGAAUCAGAAUAGAGGGAAGUUCAUGGUUAUGGCUUUGACUGAUCUAAAAUGGGAGCUUGAUUUGUUCCUAUUUGAUACCGCUUUCGAAAAGUUCUGGAAAUACACCCCGGGCACAAUCAUAGCCAUUCUGAACCCUCAGUUCAUGCCGCCACCAAAGGGGAAGGAAGCAACAGGGAAAUUCAGCUUGACGUUAAACUCAAAUGCGGAUACCAUUCUCGAGGUAGGGACAGCAAGAGAUCUAGGUUACUGUAAAAGUGUCAAAAAAGAUGGUAAAACCUGCGAUUCAUGGGUCGACAAACGGCACACAGAAUUCUGCGACUUUCACGUCAAUCUCACUCUCAACAAGACUCACACCAACCGUAUGGAAGUUAACACCAUGGGCUUUGGCAAAGGUCGCUAUGGUGGAGGUGGAGGAGGCGGCAGCGGGAAAUUUGGACAAGAUGCAGCUUCUAAUUUCCGAUACAAGAGCAAGCAAGAGAAAGAAGACGAGAAGGUCACCCGUUAUGAUAGAGGCAGUCACACGCAAAUAUUCAUCGACAAGAAAAGUACUGUCAAUAUGCUUGACGACGUCGAUUUCGAUCCCGACGCCUUUCACCGUGGCUCCACGAAGGAAGAGCGCAUGACGCGACGCAUUCUGGCGAAAGAGAAAGAGCAAGAACUAGAGCGAAAGUUGGGAACCAUGGGAAGUGGACAAGGUGCAGAAUACAUGCGACGCCGCGAUCCUUCUGCUCCGUCACGCAGCGACAUAUAUAGCUCCUCGCAAGCCGAAGCACCUCCCGAUGCAGGGAAACUUGGUCUCUUGGGCGGGAAAGCCGAGAAUGUAGCGCUCAGUCCUAUCAAACGGAAACGCACGAAUACUGUGUCUAGCUCGGCGGCCGUGGGCUGGGGGUCUGAUCUGACGAAACAGCUGGGCAAGAUGAAGAACGGCGAGAAUGUCAGUAAGGAGGGCCAGCCGCCGGUCAAGAAAAAGACAAGAUUCGUGACUGAGAAGGGCAUCAGGGAAGCUGGGCGGGAGAGCUUUGGUGGCGAGGUUGUCGGGAAGACACCGCUGGGUGGUGCUAAUGACUUUAAUGACUCGGAUGAUGAUCUUGAUAUUGUGAGGGAGUAA